GAAGCGGAAGCCUCUUGAGAUUUGAUGGAGAUAUUUGUAGUCACCCAAAAUGCGUGAGCCAGGUCCCUAGCCUCCGGUGUCAUUGGUGAAUGACCGAAGAUGUCUCACAGCAGGUUGUUUGCCAGGCUGCUUUUGCAGCAGAGUGGAGUCAGGCACUGUUAUACAGGAACAAGAAAGAACCUCUACAUCAACAAGAGCACCAAGGUCAUCUGCCAAGGUUUCACAGGGAAGCAGGGAACGUUUCACAGUCAGCAGGCUCUUGACUAUGGCUCCCAGCUAGUCGGAGGUGUUUCCCCUGGCAAGGGUGGUAAGACGCAUCUCGGCCUGCCUGUCUUCAAUUCAGUCAAGGAGGCGAAGGAGGGCACAGGGGCAGAUGCCACCGUGAUUUAUGUACCUCCUCCGUUCGCGGCGGCAGCCAUCAUAGAGGCUGUCGACGCUGAGAUUCCUCUGGUGGUGUGCAUCACUGAGGGCAUCCCCCAGCAGGACAUGGUGAGAGUCAAACAUAAGCUGCUGCGCCAGAGCACCACCCGUCUCAUAGGCCCAAACUGCCCAGGAGUCAUCAAUCCUGGAGAAUGCAAGAUUGGGAUCAUGCCAGGCCACAUUCACAAGAAAGGAAGAAUUGGCAUUGUGUCUAGAUCGGGUACUCUGACAUACGAAGCUGUGCACCAAACUACGCAAGUCGGCCUGGGCCAGUCGCUCUGCAUCGGUAUUGGCGGGGAUCCAUUCAACGGCACAAAUUUCAUAGAUUGUCUAGAGGUGUUCCUGCAGGAUCCCAAGACAGAGGGCAUCAUCCUUAUCGGAGAAAUCGGGGGCAAUGCGGAGGAGAAUGCAGCAGAGUACCUCAAACAGCACAACUCUGGUGCUAAUGCAAAGCCAGUGGUGUCCUUCAUCGCUGGGCUAACUGCUCCUCCUGGCCGUAGGAUGGGCCACGCCGGUGCCAUCAUCGCUGGUGGAAAGGGUGGAGCCAAAGAGAAGAUUGCAGCCCUCCAGUCAGCUGGAGUUGUAGUCAGCAUGUCCCCUGCCCAACUGGGCAGCACUAUUUUCAAGGAGUUUGAGAAGAGGAAGAUGUUGUAAAUUGUCCGAGAAGGCACCCGACCUUUUACCUCCUGCCCCGAAAUUGAGAUGAACAGCCUGAUUCUGGAGGUGGAUAUGCCCUACAGUGUAUGUUAACCCUGAUAAUUUCAACCGCAAAACGCACAUCCAGUGUUUAUAUUGUAAUUUCUGCCAUGAUCUUGUACCUUGCACAUAACGAAAGAAAUAAAACAUAGUGUCUUAAUGGUAUCCUAAAGAGCUCAUUGUACACAAUGUAAAUGCUUUAAAGAUGUUUUUUUCUUCCUCCACACAAUGUCGACAGCUGACGGCAGGAUGCUAACUUUGGUGAUGCGAUUCAUUCUGUUCAUUCUGUUGUACUCCCUCUGUAAUGCAUAUUCGCUCAUUUCACUGGCUGUCCACUUGAAUAAGAAAUGUUUCUCAUAUCA